GAUGUUGAGGCUCAAGAGACGGUGGUGGAAGGGAACAUUGCCAGCGGAAAGUCCACGCUAUUGGACUACUUCAAGGACAACAGCAACUGUGAGGUAGUCCCAGAACCGUUGGACCAAUGGCAGAAUGUCAACGGCGAAAACCUUUACGAUCUCGUCCACAAGGACGCGGCCCGCUGGGGCGCCACCACACAGAGCUACAUCCAGCUGACCAUGGCCCAGUCACACGUCCGGCCGCAGACGGAGCGAGUUCGACUGAUGGAGAGAUCACUUUUCAGCGGGCGAUAUUGUUUUAUUGACAAUCUGCUUCAA